AUGUCGGCCGUCGCCGUUGAAUACGUCUUCAAGAGCAGCGCGGCAGGCGAAGGCGAGGUGGUCGUGCGUGCCGAGCGUGCUGCUUUGUUCCCGGAAACAUCGUCGACAGCCCAUCGUGAUGAGACCGGACACGUCGCGUGGCAAGCUAUGCCGGUGCUUUGUGAAUUUAUCUUAUCUUCAAGGGGUAGGCAGUUGCUCACCUCUGCAAGGGUUCUGGAGUUAGGAGCUGGCAUUGGGAUACCUGGCCUUCUGGCAGGUCGUGUGUGUACCGAGCUCAUCAUCACUGACAGCAACGAUGCGGUGGUGGAACGCCUUAAGCGAAACGUCGAGCUUAACUUCGGUGAGAUGAAUUGCUCCGGUGACGCUAUACGAGUGGAAAAUGUGGUAUGGGGAGCUGACCUUUUCCCAUCAAACCUUGCGCACAGCGUUGACAUCGUUUUGGGCUCGGACGUCAUCUAUUCAGCCUCCAGUGCAAAAUCAUUUCUGGAGACGGCAGAGGCUGCCAUGGCGCAGCCAGGUGGCAUCAUCGUGCUCGCAUACAUUCCAAGGUGGCCCAAUGUUGAUCGGGCACUUUACGAUUCUAUAGCUGUGAUGAAGCUUUCGGCUGAAGUUGUUCCUCUGUGCUCCUUCAUGUCUGAGAAAACUUCCAAUGGACAUGCUUUGCCAAAAGGAACUUGUUUGCUCCUCUUGCGACGUAUGCAAGAUGUUGAUGAUCCAGCAGAAGUGUGCACAGAUCCCCCCGAGAUCACCAGACGGCAGUACAAUGACGAUGUUAGAGAAGUUUUUGAUGUUUGCAUCGGGCCAGGGAACAUCACCGGUGAUUUGUGUGAUAGGUUAUCAAGUGGCAUAGGCUUGGACUGCGAGGGGAAGCAGCAAAUUUGCUUGGUGAUUGAUGCGACGGGGCCAGUUGCAUUGACAACCGAGAAAGCGAGACUUUUAUCCGAUGUCUUUAGGGUCCCACCGCUGAUAAACUGUACUGAACUUAAGUUGAAGGAAUGUUGGCUAAGCGACGGUUGGGCAAUUCUGACUCCGGGCUUGCUUGACUGUGCGAACAAGUUGUCUCGAUUGAUUGCCGAUGGAGAUGAGAUUGGCGUUAGGGCUGCGAAGGAAAUCAACAAACUUUUGUUGCACUGCUCCGAUCUCAAAUUCCUAGGCUUACUUCGAAAUCCUCUAGGAAACGAUGGGGCUAUCGCAAUCACUGGAGGUCUUUCAUCUUGCUCCAUGCUUCACUCGCUUGUCCUUUCUCACUGCAGAAUCGGUGAUGCAGGAACAGCAGCCAUUGCCCGUGCAUUUCCACCCACUCUACAAGAGCUGGAUCUUUCGAAUAAUGAGCUUAGCGCGAUUGGAGUGGCUGACAUUGCGAAUGCCAUGCGAGAUUCUGUACUGUCAAAGCUGACCAUCCUCAACCUAAGUGGAAACGACAUUGGAGCCAGCGGAGGUGCCGAGCUCGGUGAAGUGCUGGGCGUUUGUGUGCCCAAACUUCAACAACUUGAUUUAAGAGGGUGUGGGAUGACUAGCACUGGUAUCACAUGGCUGUCGCGUGCAAUCCCAGCCUGUGAAGAUAUGCGCGUUCUUCACCUUGGAAGCAACGGUGCUGGAGAUGAAGCGAUGAAUGAGCUUGCGCCAGCCAUCUCGAGAUGUAAGAACCUAAAACACUUGAGUCUCGCGAUGAAUUCAAUCACAGGGGAAGGUACAUGGGUUUUGGUUGAAGACUUAGUCGACUGCCUUUCCAUCACACAUAUCGAUAUGAAAGGCAAUAGUCUGGGUGACGAUGGAGCUGCCGCGAUUGCAGACAUUCUUGCUGAGGUCAAAACUUUAGAAGUUGUAGACCUGUCAAACAAUGAGAUAGGAGAAGAGGGUGCCAUUGCAUUUGCUGAAGAGUUCGAGAAACCUAUGAUGGAGGAACCGUUUUCUUGGCCACGGGGUUUGACACUACUGCUCGAAAAUAAUCCUGAGAUCGUGGGCGCGGCGAGGAGUAGGCUUGAGAAGGCUGUUGAGGACAAGAACCCACAAGUUGAGGUGAAACUCUCCUCAGUUACCGCUAUGGAGACAGGCUUUGGACGGUAGCAGCUAGCCAGGCUAGAUAACGGACUGUAUCAACAAGGACUACUAGGAGCUGCU